GUAGUUAAUUAAAGUCGUAAUUUCUUUAAGAUUAUUUUUCUAUAAACCUCAACCAAAUUAAUUUUAUCUCUGACGUAAACAUUAAGAAUACGCUGUUGCACAAUUGCCGCGAUAAAACACGCGUCAUUGGUCUAAGAAAUGAUAAGUUAUUAAGGAGUCACCUUUUGAUAAUAAACAGAAACCCCCCCCAAAAACUUUUACCAUUCUUUGUUUAUAUUCUAUGUGGAAAGGAAGACGGUCAACCUGAAAGAGUAGGAACAUUUCUAACGUACUGCAAGGGUGUCGUUGAUCAAGUGUUGUUAAUAAUAUUUUUUUAUUAUAUCAAAAUGCUAAAUUUACCUGCAAGAUUGUGCCAUGCUGUGAUUUGGAUUGGAGUUUUUGUUUCAACAAAUGGACAAGAACCAAGUUCACGACUUACGCGCUGGCACAAUUUGGAGAAACAGAAGCUGCGGUCGCGACUAGAGAAGGGAAGUAGGCUGCUGGAAAAACUCAAUGUUCAGCCCGAAUAUCCACCGCCAUCUCCAUCGUCCCCUUCACAGAAUAUGCCGCCAACAGGUUUACCAGUCGGGCCAUCGUGGCUGGAACAGUUUCAACUGGUUAAACAUAUACUAAACAGUCAUCGCGGAGUCACUAGCACACCUACACCUAUAAACAUAGAUAGAAUGGCAUCUAUCAGACUACGGCUACUAGAGAAAAAGAGGAAGCAACAGGAAAUUCAGGAACAGAGAGUGCAAGAGCAGAAACUUCUUGAACAGAGACUGGAGAAGCAGAGACUACUAGAACAGAAACUCCAGGAACAGAGAUUGCAGGAACAAAAACUGCGAGAACAGAAACUUCUGGAACAGAAACUGGAGGAACAGAGGCUGAAGGAACAGAGAUUGCAGGAACAAAAACUGCGUGAACAGAAACUCCUGGAACAGAAACUUGAGGAUCAGAGAUUGCAUAAACAGAGAAUGGCAGAACAGAGGCUACAGGAACAGAGACUUCAGAAACUGCGACGACAGGAAGAGUUGCUACUGGAAAAACGAUUGCAUGAACUUAGACUGCAGAUUCAAGGGGCGUCUCAUAAUCUACGACAUAUAGGUCAAAUGAACCAGGGCCAAAUUCUUCCAGGAAUAGACAUCGGGAGCUCUUUAUUUGGUCCAAGCGAUGGUAUCCAGGUUCGUCCAUCAGAAACUCUGAUUGGACCAAUUGAUUUAGGCCAAUGGAAUUCAGUUGGAGCAAAUCAAUUUGAUCCUCUUGGGCAACCUGGCAAUUUAACUGAACCACCAGACUCAGGCCUUACACCCGAUGACCAGUCGGCCGUUCACUCCGGUGAGCCGCUCGGAUUUUUCAAUCCUGGCGAAGCGCUUCAACCUUUACAAUCAUCACCUGGGGAGGCUCGUGGUGUAGAAAUCGGGCUAGGUUCAGUCGGGGAUAGCCAGUGGCAAGGCUCAUUGCUCGGUGCAGGUAUUCCCGUCACAGAAUUUAAGGAAGUGAAUAUCAGUACCUCCGUUGAUUCCGGCAGUCGGACAGGGCAAGUGGAUAUCUCUUCUACAAACGUUAAUCAACCUCUGAAUAGCAACACAGGACAGAAUGUCAACAGACCAAGUGCAGGUUUACAGACACUUAACGGUGGAUGGAUGCCAAUAGCAGAGGUUUCAAGGGCGUCCUCAAGCGUUAAUUCCAACGUUAAGAAUAAAAAUGCACAAAAACAGCCGUUUAAUCUGUUAGGUGAUCUCUCAUCAAAACUAAAAAAUAGACGUGUUUCUGAAAGAACGGCCCGGUCACCUACCAGCUUUGUGAACCUUUCUGGAAUGCCAAGUUCACGACUUACGCGCUGGCACAAUUUGGAGAGACAGAAGCUGCGGUCGCGGCUAGAGAAGGGAAGUAGGCUGCUGGAAAAACUCAAUGUUCAGCCCGAAUAUCCACCGCCAUCUCCAUCGUCCCCAUCACAGAAUAUGCCGCCAACAGGUUUACCAGUCGGGCCAUCGUGGCUGGAACAGUUUCAACUGUUUAAACAUAAACAAAACAGUCAUCGCACAGUAACUAGCACACCUGCACCUAUAAAGAUAGAUAGAAUGGCAUCUAUCAGACUACGGCUACUUGAGAAAAGGAGGAAGCAACAGGAAAUUCAGGAACAGCAGAAACGCCUGGAACAGAGUCUGGAGAAACAGAGACUACGAGAACAGAAACUCCAGGAACAGAGAUUGCAGGAACAAAAACUGCGAGAACAGAGACUGCUGGAACAAAAACUGGAGGAACAGAGACUGAAGGAACAGAGAUUGCAGGAACAAAAACUGGAGGAACAGAGACUGAAGGAACAGAGAUUGCAGGAACAAAAACUGCGAGAGCAGAACCUUCUGGAACAGAAACUAAAUGAACAGAGAUUGCAUGAACAGAGAAUGGAAGAACAGAGGCUGCAUGAACAGAGACUUCAGAAACUACGACAACAGGAAGAGAAGCUACUGGAAAAACGAUUGCAGGAACUUAGACUGCAGGUUCAAGUGGCGUCUCAUAAUCUACGACAGAUAGGUCAAAUGAACCAGGGCCAAAUUCUUCCUGGAAUAGAUAUCGGGAGGUCUAUAUUUGGUCCAAGCGAUGGUAUCCAGGUUCGUCCAUCAGAAACUCUGAUUGGACCAAUUGAUUUAGGCCAAUGGAAUUCUGGUGGAGCAAAUCAAUUUGAUCCUCUUGGGCAACCUGGCAAUCUAACUGAACGACCAGACUCAGGCCUUACACCCGAUGACCAGUCGGCCGUGCACUCCGGUGAGCCGCUCGGAUUUUUCAAUCCUGGCGAAGCACUUCGACCUUUACAAUCAUCACCUGGGGAGACUCGUGGAGUAGAAAUCGGGCUAGGUUCAGUCGGCGAUAGCCAGUGGCAAGGCUCAUUGCUCGGUGCUGGUAUUCCCGUAACAGUAUUUAAGGAAGUGAAUAUUAGUACCUCCGUUGAUUCCGGCAGUCGGACGGGGCAAGUGGAUAGCUCUUCUACAAAGGGUAAUCAACCUCCAAAUAGCAACACAGGACAGAAUGUCAACAGACCAAGUGCAGGUUUACAGACACUUAACGGUGGAUGGAUGCCGAUAGCAGAGGUUUCAAAGGCGUCCUCAAGCGUUAAUUCCAACGUUAAGAAUACAAAUACACAAAAACAGCUGUUUAAUCUGUUAGGUGAUCUCUCAUCAAGACUAAGAAAUAGAACUCGACAUUAACAUUUAAUUUUUUCUUAAUAUAUGUUGUAAAGCAACAGUCUUGAUUGCCGUGAAUUGGUUAACGAUCGCUACCUACAUGUGUUAUGUUGUACUGGUCGCUGGUCAGGCGCAGUGGAUAUUUCCAUUUGUCAAGGGAAAGCGCUACGCUUAAAAAUCGAUAAAUAUUCUCGCGCAUACGUGUCGGAUGUUUUAACAAUAAGAAACACAGGGAUUAAGUCAGCAGUUUACCGCAUUGCUAGGUUAUUUAUUCCAGUUGAUUGCGCUCACAAGCCAUAGUGCAGCCAUUAUAGGGCGAGGGAAGACCUUUAUAAAUAUAGUAUUUAUUGCCUGUAAAGACAAUUAUGUCAUUUCAUUAGCUUUUUAAUAUUGAUUUUCAAUUUCAUUUCAUUAUAUUUCUUACUCUUGACAUGAAAUGUAUUAUAUUUUGAAUUUUCUCAUUUGUACUUAUAUUUAAUAUAUAUUUAAUGAAAUAUGUUUAUAAUGACGAGACAAUAUGUAUAGUUUAAGUCGAUACAAGCUCUGCCCCGUUCUGUUCUGUUUAUAAACUCAAAGAACGACAUUACGCACUUAGUUAUCAACCUAACGUGCAUGGAAUACUUUCAACAUACAUGCAUGUCCAAAAAUUGCUCCACAGACAUUUAUCGGGAAAUGAUUUAUUAGUUCCCGAUCGGUCGGUGGGGUGAACAUGUAGCAUUGAACCUUUUACGUGUUUCUAUUUACAUUGUUAUAAUAGUUAUACAUCAAUUCAUGUUAUUCCUGCUUAUUUCACUGACUUAUAUGAAUGUUUAAACCUAUGUUUACCCUCAUUUAUAUUAUGAGAAAUAUAUAUAUAUUUAUAUAUAUAUAUUCACAUUUAAACAUAUUUAGGCGCCUUUUUCAUGUAUUGCAUCAAAAUUCGUCUUGUUCAACUCAAAUGACAAUUAACUAAUCAAAACAAAGUCUUAACGGCUCUAUUCUUUUGACGUGCACUUCCGGUUAAAUAUUGACAUCGCAGAACAAUGUGGCGUUGCAAGAAAUAUUGGUUUUGCUAUAAUUGCUCAUAAUUUAUAGCGCUAUUAUAUGUUAUGAGAUAACUUUUAGUUUAAGUCAUAGUGUACCGUUGGGCUACCAACUUUGGAAUUUAUUUGGCCUGACCAAAUAGUUGGUGCUGAUGGACAGUGAGACAACCGUAUAUGUCUAACCAUGAAAAAGAAAUGAUUUUGUUGAUGAUUUGAUUGUUAGUUUAUCAAUACAGUAGUUUUUACCAUGAACUCAUUUAUUAAUUCAUUGUGUGGUAUUAUUACAUGUAUUACAGUCUUUAUGUAUUAACACAAAAGUUCGCGUUGUAUUGUUUGUGGCAUUUAGAUAUACAAUUUGUAUGCCGUUCUUAUUGUAUGUUCCUUUUGGCUUCCAUACAAUAAUGCUAGUAGCAUUAUAUUCAGGUACUAUUGAAUGAAAGGGCAAAUCCAUAUAUCCAACAAAAUUUGAACGUUAUUUGCUUCUCAAAGAUAAGUUAAGACGUAAGUCACAAGAGUGCCUUAAUUUGCUCCAUGAGUUAAAACGUUGGUCACAAAAGUAAGGCUCCUCCUUCUUUAUGACGAAAGAACACAAUUUAUAUAAGAAAUCUUAAUCAAUAAAUGAUUGGAUUACAGCCUUUGAACGGUCAAUGAAACAAGAGUCGACUUGGUGGAAUUCGAAAUCACUGGAUUAUGAGUUCACUGGAUUAUGAGUUCACUUGAUUAUGAGUUCACUGGAAUACGAAUUCACUUGUGGUUUAUUAGUCAGGCUGUAGGCCAAUAGGCCUGCAUACUUUUAUAACCUUUAAUCGGAAUCUGACAAUGGCAGAUCAACAUAACAUUUUUAACAUUUGACAAGUUAAUGAAUGCACGUGUGUAUUAACCCCAGCGCUGUUCAAACAGCGGUGGUCAACUACCUAAUUGACAUUACCAAUUUGGUAUUAUACUGACUGCGGCAUGCGUUUUGCACGAUAAGCUUGCUAAAAGUAGCGGUGUAAUGAGUUUUCAUAAGAUUUUGUGCGGUUGAUAUAAUUCUAAAACCCCGGAAAGACAUGGUAAAACCCCGAAAAGACAAUCAACGUAUUGCAAUGAAAUGCUCAUCUGGCGUAAGAUAUCAAACCAAAAUGGUUUAAAUGCAAUUAUAAUAUUCAUUUUAUCUCACAAACAGCUUUUUGGUGAUUAAAAUUCAUUCGUUUAUAUAGUUUAUACAUGGUAUGCUUAAAAUAGCCUUAAAUCGACUCUUAACUUGACAUUUUAUUAUUAAAAGCGGUAGUAUUUUUUACACAAAAUAAGGUUAUGCAACUACGUCUCAUCAAAUCAUUAAUUGUGUUAAUACAUACAAACAAUAUUCAACCAUUACUUAAAGUGUACUAUACAAUUUUACAUUAAAAUUAAAGCUCUGCGACCUGUUACGAUCUGUGAAUAUAGUCAUGUAAGGCCGAUUAGAACGGAAAGUGUGUGAAGAUUUUUCGGUUUGUCUCAAUAAUUUGAGAUCAGAUUCGUGAGCAUGUUGCAUAAACAUAUUUAUAAACCACUUACAUAAAUCUUUUCAUUUUUUCCACGAGUAACAUAUAGGUUGAAGGCAAUGAUAAGGUACA